CUCCAAUCCAAACACAUUUGGCUUUUCCUCCAUCGAAACACGAUCUUGAAUUUCCUUUUGUAUCAGAAAACACAAAAACCACAACUUCUACAACUGAAUUAACUGUAAAAACAUGUUCUUUUCUCUCUGAACUCGAUGCAAGAGACAGGCGGUGGGAAACGUCGUCCGGUUAAAUGUCGGCGUCAAAGACCCGGAGUAACUCGCUCGCCGGCCUAACGUUAGACGCUGUUCUUAGCGGCAAAAUCGCAACGCCACUGCAGACGCAAUCGCGACCUCUCGAAACGCAACGUGCUCGUAAAACGCUUCUAGACAUCAUACGUGAGGAACAACUCGAAGGGGAAAACAAGGAUAGGACGACGUGGAAGACGUUCCGUGAGAAACUGCGUUUGAAACGCGCCGGUGCUGCUUGGUCCUCGUCUCCUUAUAUCCCUUUCGCGGAUAUCGUUAUCACUGAAUCCAAACACCACCGCAAAAACCAGCGGUUUUCUCACCGAUCACUCUCCGACAACGACAACUCGUCGAUUCACCUGUCGGAUCUGAUCUCCACCGUUCCGAUGUCGGAUCCACCGGGCUCUUCGGGACGCGCUAUGUUCACCCGCGGGUCAUCGAUGCGGGUCGGGUCGGCGAAGAACGCCGAGAAUUACGCUAACGCGACCAUGCCCGGAGACGGACCGCCGUCCAGGAGUUUCAGGCCGCAGUUGUCGCGGCACGACUCGGUCCGCGACCAUGGAGAAGGACAGGAAGAGAACACGCGCCGACAACCGGUCGUGAAGUUCGUGGAGGAGCGGACGAUGUCGGCGAGGGAUGCUGUGGCGGCGCAGGAGGCGUCGGAGGCAGAAGCAGCCGCCGCAGCAGAAGAUUCCGACGACGAGGAAGAAACAGGGGAGAAUUCGGCGGCGGAUGGCAAGCCGGGGACGAUGUCGCUGAUGGAUCUGCUGGAGGAAACGGAUCGGCAAAUGGGUUUGACUGGAUCCAGAUACGCCAUGGACGACGACGAUUACGACGAGGAGGAUGGAGAUGAGUAUGAUGAGGACGACGAAAACAGAGAAGAAGACGAAGGAGAAUUCAAUUGCUGCGUCUGUUCGGUCAAGAUCAAAGGCGCUGCUUUCAUACCUUGCGGCCAUACUUUCUGCAAGCUCUGUUCUAAGGAGCUUCUUGUUCAGGAAGGUCACUGCCCUGUCUGCAGUACCUUCGUCAUCGAGUUUCUUGAGAUUUUUUAGCUUUUUUUUUCGUGAUUUACAAGUUUACGGGAUGUACCCAACAAUUUUGAACCUCUUCCCUUGAGAUUAUCAAUAGUUAUUACAUCA